UCAUUUUUUGUUUAUUUUUGAGCUGGUUCUCAGUUUCAUAGGCAUGAUCCUCCCCGUGUACCAUAUGUUUUCUAUAAAAAGUUGCUUAAAGAUAGAGAAAAUCAUUUUAGUAUUGUGUUUAUAUGUUUAAUAGUUCUGCGACGUUUCGAAAGAGCAGAUGCAUAAACUGCUGCUCCCACCUUACAAACUUUAAAGCCUCUGGGAGAAAAUUAAUUUCGUUAGAAUGUCCCAUGUAAACUUAGUUGCUGUAGAUUACUUUGCCCAAUUUAUCUAUAAAAUAAAAAAACAAUACAGAUGUGCUUCCCGCCUCAUUGGCGAUGCAGUUCCUCCUACUGCUUCUUCUGACCUUCUCAUCUGCUUAUUCGAAUGAAGGGAAGAAAGGGCUUCAGAGGACCCUCUACAUAACGGACAAUUAUCACCAGAAUGUGGUGUCCAUACGGACGCGCAAACACGUUCGUUAUUGGGGUGACAACCACUUUUGCGCCGGCUCCCUCCUCUCCGCCUGGUGGGUCGUCACCUCCGGCUGUUGUGUGAGCACCGUGCCGGAGAGCACCCCAAACAAGUCGAAUAGUCGCAAGAAUCUUAGGGUUGUGGUCUUCACCCCCAGUCGAUUGAAGAAGCCAUCUCCCAAGGACGUAUUUCACGUUCAGAAGAUUGUAUUGGACGAGAACACCAUUGGUGGCUGCUCCCAAUUGGCACUGCUGAAGCUGGAUCGCGGCGUUACUGGUCAAAGGUUUGCCAUGAUGCUGCCGGAAAAGGAGUUAAACAGAACAUGGCUUUGCAGCUCUCUCGGAUGGGGCAGGAUUUACUACGUAAGUUAUAUCGGGAGGUGCCCCGCAUUCUGUGCAUUCUGUGUAAUAUGGUUUUUGUAUUAAACUCCAGUAACUUGGUUCCAGGACGGACCUUACUCCAACGAGCUGCUCCAGAUCAGAGCGCAGAAGAUUUCGCCGUAUAGCUGCAAGCCCGACUGCAACAGGUGUCUGUGCAUGGGUAGCUAUACAGGCAGGGGCAAUAUGUGUCAGCAGGACUUGGGCAGUCCGCUCUACUGCGAUCACUUCCUGUACGGCGUAGCGCGGCGUAAAAUUUGCGAGGAUGAGGACUUCAUGGUGUACACCAACAUCUUCCGGAGCCGCAAAUUUAUCGAGGACACGUUGAGUGGGGCACCUUCGCCCAAGAUCUCCUAUGCCUUCGUCUACUUCUUUGUGAACCUGGUGCUAGCUUUUUCGUUUUCGGUAGUUUCAUCUGCUUGGAUAUGUUAAUAUUUCAAACAGAAAACCGCAGGGUACAUUAAUCAUACUUUAGGGAUUAUACAGAAGGAAGUGAAACUGUCUUUCAGUUGGUACAAAAUAUGUAAAUUGAAGUACUGACUCAUUUCUUUAAUAGAUUUUUUGCUUCAAUAUAAUGUCAAUAAGCUUGUUACCACCUACACAUAUUCUUGUCUGAGGAUAUUGACCCACAAUUUGGCUUUUUGGAGUGUCGUGUCCGUGGGUUAGAGUGACUUUCCGUCUGUGGAUUGGAUCUUGACUUACUAGUUGAAGUUCAGGGUCGUGUGUGCGUGCGUUUAAUCACUUGACUUGUCUUCCCCAUUCAUCAGUUGAUGAUCGCUGAUCGAUUGCCAAAAGUAGCAGCAGACACCGCCCCUCGCCCUUCCCCCCGACCGUUUCCUCUUCUCACCACCCCCUGUUACUUUUUGUUUUCCUGUAGUUUUGGUUUCGCCUCUUUCGAUUCUUCUAUUCUCUGGUAGCUAGCUCUCUUUCCGUUUCUAUUUCUCACCCACUCUCUCUUUAAACGCUUUCAUUGAAAUGGUUGUUUUGUACAGUGCAACUUCGCUAACCCGAACUUUUGGUAGUUGAACUGAAUAACUGUAAUUUAAACAAAAAUUAAACAAUGGCCAGGAUUGUAUGAAACUUAGUUUUCGUAUUAUUUGCUGUUAAAAUACCCAUAUUUUAUAACUGAAA